AAUCUGAUCCCAGCAACAUUUAGAGCCAGUGGCUUGGUUUUGAAAAGCGGUGUAGCGGUCAAGACCAGACGUCCGUGCAGCAGCAGUGGCGGCGACAUCAACGUUCUCUAUUUGCGGUAGGAAUGAGAUUAAGAAUUCAAGGAGAUCUCAGCACGCAAUUAACAAUACGACUGGCAAAUCACUCUGCAGGCAAUGCGUUUUUUUAAAUAAGCGGCUGUAAGCAACAAGGGACAGGCUGUGAUGACCAUGUCGCCACUGAGGAGCGGAAUACCGUCAUGACAAUAGGAGCAUGACGUAGGAUUUGUUUUAUUUCUUCUCGGUGCGUUUGUUUUGUUUUAUUUCAUUUGUACAACGUCUUGGAUAUAGAAUGGGAACAGCAUUGCCACCCCCUUGAAGACUCCGAUAACCAAUAUGGAAGAGUGGCCUUAAUUUUUAACAGGAACACCGGCGAAAAUACAGUGGUCAAGUUGUUGUGAAUGUGAACUCAAGGAGCAGUCGUCUGGAUGAUUUCAUACCGUCCAGGUUUUCAGAGCGAAAGAUGAAUUCUUAUCUUUUUUCCGAGGCUUCAUCCAUUCCCGGUGCUGCUGCCAUCCCUGCGAAUGUUGCCUCGGGCGCUACCACUGCCCUGCGUAAUGAUUUGGGCUCCAACAUCCAUGUGUUGAAAACGCUCAACCUCCGAUUUCGUUGUUUUCUUGCCAAAGUCCAUGAGUUAGAACGCAGGAAUAAAUUAUUAGAGACUCAACUACAGCAGGCUGUACAUCAAGCUCGCUACAGAGCACUUUUCAGUCGUGAUCAAGCCACUCAGACGUUUGACACUGCCUUGCACCUUCCCAUAGCGAGUCACCUCAGACAGUCGCGGCUCCCUGGUACGAUAUGGAAUUUCACGCAUGUGAGAAGACAUGGGGAACGGCUCGAAACUCUCCACAGUCCUGGAGUUUCAUGGAUGCAUCCAGAUGGGGUUGGGGUUCAAAUCGACACCAUCACCCCAGAAUUGCGGGCCCUGUACAACGUGUUGGCCAAAGUCAAGCGAGAGAGAGACGAGUACAGAAGAAGAUGGGAGGAAGAGUUGUCAAAACGACAACAGAUGGAGUCUAUGGUGGAGACUUUGCAGGAGAAUGCCCAGGAGUCGGAUUCCAUCCAGACCGAGCUCACAGAGAAGGUUGAGCAUCUUAAAUCGGAGCUGGUGGUCUUCAAGAGCCUCAUGACAGAUCAAAUGUCCGACCUGGACACUAAGAUCCAGGAGAAGGCCAUGAAGGUGGACAUGGACAUCUGCCGACGCAUCGACAUCACCGCUAAGCUGUGCGACGUGGCCCAGCAGAGGAACUCCCAGGACAUGAGCAAGAUGUUCCACGUCGGCCCCUCCAGGGCCCCUCCUGACCAGAGCAAGGGGGCUAUGGUGUGCAGGAGGAAGGAGCCCAAGGCAGGGUCUGAUGAGAGCUGUCCAGAGGCUCCAGAGCUGGAGGCGGAGGCCUCUCUGCCUGAGGAGGACUUGCCUGGCUCCCUCAACAUCACAGACGAGAUGAAACGCAUGCUCAACCAGCUAAGUGUUUCAGAUAAUUCCUUUGUUGCCAGGCGGGAGACGUUUGACUUUGACGACGACUGCGACAGUCUGGCCUGGGAGGAGACGGAGGAUACGCUGCUGCUGUGGGACGACUUCUGCAACUACAGCUCCCCCGUCCCCACCACUGCUAUGGCCUGCAGUAGUCAUGGAGACGCCCCAGACACAGUGUCCAAUGAUGCAAGCCUUGGCAGUUUGAUUGAUGAGACUGAAACGCUGUUCAAGGACAGAGAGAAGGAAUACCAUGAGACCAUUGGGCAGAUUGAGCUGGAGCUGGCCACAGCCAAGAACGACAUGAACCGGCACCUGCACGAGUACAUGGAGAUGUGCAGCAUGAAGCGCGGGCUGGACGUGCAGAUGGAGACCUGCAGGAGGCUCAUCAAGGGCUCCGAGCCCAACGGGGCCAACGGCAGGAGUUCUCCCUCAUUCAGCUCUGUAGCCAGCAGCGACUCAGGGAACACCGAUGACAUCCCAGACGAGCUGGAGAAAGACGGAGACAGAGACAGCGAGAAAGACGGAGAGAAAGACGGGGAAAGAAAUGGAGAGAGUGAUGGACAGAGAGACGGUGCGCAAGAGGGAGCGACCGCAGAGGACGGAGAGAAACCGAGUGAAAAUGGACAGACAGAGACGGACACAGAGACGCCGAAGGACGAGGAGGAGAAGAAGGGUCAAACAGACAAGGAGGCAAACAGCAGCUGAUGCCUCUGUCCACAUCCACACUCCACAACUCAGUGUCCAAAACCUUUAUCUCUAUUUUUUCACAGGACUUCAAGGGAGUCUCUUAAUGACUCUUCAACGCAAGUGUUGGUGCUUUAAAAAAAAAAAGAUAAUGAUAAAGAAACUCUUUGGGAACAGAUUGAAUCUCCUGCUUCAAAGGCUUACAAUAGGAUACAGGCAGACGAGAUGGUGUUUCAGCUGCAGGCUCCUUGUCACCUGCGCUGCCCUGGCAUGGCGACACACACUCACACACACGCGCACACACAUACACACACACACACACACACACGCACACACACGCACACACACGCACACACACAUCAUUCACUCCUCUGGGGCUGCAGCUGCCAUUAUGGUCCAAUUAACAUAAACACGGAAUGUCCAACACAGUACCGUCAUUGUCAGUCAAAGCAAGGCACCUUUGGUGUAACAUUAUGACUUUUGACAGGUGUGAGUCAUCCAUGUAGAGAACAUCUAGUGAUGGGGUGCGGCACUUCCUUCUUCCUGCGUUCACCUUUGUUUGGUGUAGGCUACGCAUUGUAAGCUGAACCAUACUGGCAGCUCAGCACACGUCAGAGUUACACGUCACUGUUCAUAAACCGGUCACAAUCACCUGUAAAGAGGCCUGUUAUGGCUACCUGACUACCUGGUACGCACCCAUCCCAGUCAUCUGUGGCAUGAAAUGUCAAAGGCCAAUUCAGACAUUUCAUACCAAACACAAUUCACACCAAAAGACAAUCCUGUCCAUAUCAUGUUCUUAAUUCAGAGGAAAAAAAUGACAAUAAUCAGGGGAUGCUCUCAAAAAAAGGCUCUGUUUUGAGCCGUGUUGCCACUGAAGCGCUAGGUGUGUCCGUGCCGUCGUGUGCUAAUGUGUUCAGCACUCUGACCUGCGGCGGUGCCGUGUCCACUCCGGUGGGCCGGCCGCCGUCGCUCAACUAAAGAAGCAGUAACACUGUGUACCAAGUACUAUGCAAUAAGCUUGCCUUAUUUUCAAACUAACUUUUCCUGUCAAGUGUAAAUUCUGUCUCUUUUGUUGCCGGGCAGAUUUUUUGUUCUGCAUUUGUUAACAGAAAUGCCUUUUUUAAGAUGUAGACUUCUCUGUUAUGGGAUUACGGCCAUGAACUGGAACAGACUCAUGUCAGAAGUUAAAUUCUUAAUUCUAAAGUUAAGCCCACUGUGCCUACUAAUACCCACUUAUACUCCUCUAUCUCCGAUUUCAAUAGCCUUAUUACAUUUGUUCAUAUUAAUUUCUGCAUAUUGUAGCAUUUGGUUGUGUUCUUUACACACCUGCUUUACUUAUGUUGAAUGGGUUGCUCACAUUAUAUCACAUUGCUUCACAACAAUGUGAUUACAAUUUUCAUCAAAUCAUGGUUCUGAAUGUUAUAUUCAGUAUGUUGUCAUAUGUAAUGUAUUCUGUCCCAGUAUUUCUGGGAUAUGGUUAAUAAUUUAGCAUUACUAUUGUAGCAUUUUGGCUGUAGUUGCCAGUGUACAUUUUUAUAGUAAUCUAGUUUAUGUCAUAAAUGAUUUUUAAAUAAGAAGAAUGGAAGAAUCCCUGCUAUCUGCUUUGUCUUCAUGAAAAGAGCUUUCAAAAAUGACCUCUUCUCCUUUUACUGUAGGUUUAUUUAAAUCUUUUUAAAUGAUUUCCUGUGCCUAACAGUGUAUCUAAAUGUUAUUUUUAGUCUUAUCUUAUUAGUUCAGUCUUAUCUACAGUACCUGCCUUCACUGUGGCAAUGAGGCAUGGGAGCAGUUUAAAAAGGGAAUUCAGCAGCACUGCAAGAUGUCGAUUCUCAUUUGUUUUUUUUGCGGUGUCUGUUUGCUUAUAGACAGACAUACCUUCUGUGUAUUUAUGGUUUUAAAGGGCUGCCCAGCUUACUGCAGUAUGCUUGCUUUGAGCUGCAACUUCAGGGGUUUGGUCACUACUGGAGAAAAAUCAAAACAACCUCUGAGGGUAUUUUCUAGAAUUCUAAAGAAUAUUAGCCAUUCCAUUUUUGUCUUCAGCUGAGUUGUCUUUGACCAAGUGUCCUUGACACUGUACUGUUUUAUUUCCAAAUCUGUACAAAUAGAAAGUUGCCUUUCCUUUGUAAUGUAAUAAUAGAGAGCAAAAAGGGAGACAAUAUUAUAAAUAAAUAUGUGAGUAUGGAGGAGCAUGGCUUUGAUUUGUUUUGAGAAUGUCAUAUGGCAAAGUUGCCCUCUUUCAGUCUGUUUUGUCAGGGUUUUAUUAAAAUGGUAUUUGC